AUGGAAACACGGAGUCUGGAAGUGAAAUUUGUACUAAGCGCUCUACUGGCCGUCACAGUUCUUCACGUCAGCAGCGCCGAAACAAACAGCGACAACACGCCAGCACGUGUUUUAGCCAAACAAACUGGUGCCGCUCAGUUUGAGGAGGAACGUUAUGAGACACAUACGGACGUUAAUGAGCACAAACAUCACUUGAAAAAGCGUUCUUCCGAUGAGGAUGUGGACUAUGAGGUGUAUCAGGGCGUGGUCGGCAGACCGGGCAUAGAUUUCCCCAUCUAUCCGCGUAUACCGAAAACGACAUUCAGUUGCCGCUCAUUUGGCAAUGGAUACUUUGCCGACAUGGAGACAGACUGUCAGGUAUUUCAUAUCUGCGAAGACGGCCGCAAGAUAUCAUUCCUCUGUCCCAAUGGCACAAUUUUUCAACAAAGUGAACUCACUUGUGACUGGUGGUUCAAGGUGAAUUGUCUCGGCUCACCCGGUUACUAUGCAGACAGUGCAGAGAUACUCAAUAAACAGCGUGUACAACGCAUACGGCCCUCCGUACCGGUACAAGGUUUCAAUAUUGUCGGUGGUGGUCUGAAUAUUAAGGCAAAAGUGAACAAUCAAGUACCACGUCCACGGCAAUCGGUUAAGCCGGAACGACGUUUCGACUCAAAUGAGGAACCUUCUCUGGAGACUGUGGAUUUUGAGGAUCUUUCCGGCGAAAAACAAUUGAAGGGAGAAAAAACACAGAUACCAGCGAGUAUCGAUAACAAUAACAAUAACGAUGAAACGCAAAUUACCGCUGAAAGUGGGUCUUUCGUAGACGGCCGAAGGCGCAACAGUUUUGGCUAUGAGAAACCGAAUGUAGACAUUGUGGAAACAAAAUCUGCGGAGAAUCGUGGAAGAAAUAAUGGACGUAAUAGUGCUUAUGUGGAAGGACGACGUGGAAAUGUCAGUAACAAUGUGGAUGGCAAUAAAAAUGAUAAUAGUAGUAAUAGUAACGGUAAUGGAAAUGGAAAUGGAAAUAGAAAUGGAAAUGAAAAAGCGAGUAGGAACGGAAACAAUAAUUCCAAAGAGAAUGGUAGCAGAAACAGUAAUAACAACAACAAUAGCAACGGUAAUGGCAAUGGAAAUGGCAAUAGCACUGACAGCAGCAGUGAGCGCUCUUCUACAACUCGUAAAGGCUACAACUAUCAAAAGGAGUCUGCGGAACGUGCUCGGGAUGGUAAACGUGGCCAACAGCGUUUUCGCGAGGAUGUUAAGCCUCAACUCAGCUCACAAGAAUCGAGAGAAGUAGGUAUUGAGAGUCGGGAAUUCAAUAAGAAACCUUCAUUGCUUGAGAAACCACGCCAAGUAGUCCCUGUAGAGGGUCGCGCGAAAUCACGUUCCGGUUCCUCUAUUAAAUCUGAAGAAUCAGACUCUAAUGAGCCAAGAUACUCCACACGUUUCGUAGAAUCUCGUUUACCAAAUACUACACCAUAUCAAGCUCUUGGCACAUAUUCGACCGCGCGGCGACUCGAUACGACACGAAGCACACCAUUUUACACACCAACUGUACCAACUGUGGCAAAAUCUAAGACUACUGAAGGCAAAGGAUUUUACAUUAAGGGUUCACCGGUUGCUGGAUCAAAUAUUGUUGCUUCUACACCAAAUCCCAAACGAAGAGUGAUUUCACAGGAUACCACCUCAAACUCAACACCCAUUACAACACUGCGUCCACUUAUAAUCGGCAUGAGGUCCAAUCACGAAUCUUCCGGUGAGAAACAUAAAACUUCAGUUUCGUCGAAACCGUCGAAGAGUUCUUUUGACGUAGAUUUACCAGUCCAGCGAGGACGAAAACGUCCAGAUUCUGCUGAUCUUACAACUACUUCGACAACACCAGCGCCCACAGGACCAACUUAUUUGCCUCGCAACGCCGCACGUCCAAAAACGACAUCAAAUUCUGGUGGCGACGAUUUCCUCUUUGCACCUCAACCACUCAUUGAUGGUGAUGACUCGGUAACACGCAAUGUACAGGAAAUGAUAAAGACUAUUAACAUGCUGAAAACUAAAUUCGAUGAUGCUGAUCAGACGAAAUUCCAAGGACAAGCACGCGAAGGUUUGGAUAUACCUCCCUCUUCGGGACCUGAUGCUUUAGUCUCAUUGGCCAAAUACUUUGCGAAUGAACAGAAUGCCGCAUCAAGCAACUCAGUAAGUAGUUCUGCCGAAAAAAAGGAUAUAGCCCGUACCGACGCAAGCAUCCCUAUAACAACAUUGAAAUACUCAGUAAAACCCAUAAAAAUUACUGAACAAGUUGACGCUACAACCGCAACCAGCAUUGGUGUUAGCAAAAAGUCUGAGGACAUACGUGCCAGUCUGCUCAGUGACCGCACUGUCAAUCAGUAUUCUAAUCUAUUUGGACUGCAAGCAGCUGGAGGCAAGUCUACAGACAACAUAACAGGCCGCAGCAGUGACGCAAAUGGAUCCGGUGCAUCCAAUGAUCAGUUCAACUUAUUCCCUCAAAUAGGAACCACUGGUGCUACAAUUAGUCAACUGGCCGAAAAGCCUGACUCGCGAAAAAUUGCACAUGUCUUCUCGGAAGCCAUAUCUAGUUAUUUAGAGGAUCCCAAAACAUUCCGGGCACAACUUGAAGCAGUCAGACCGACUGAACCAACAAUAGUUAGCGGAAAACCAAACUUUGAGCCUGUUACAGCGACCGAUAGGUCAUUGUUUAACUCAGGCACAGCUGCUACUUAUCUUCCCACUGAAUCGCCAGCCACCGCAUCGAGCAUCGCUGCUGAAAUUAACAACAACUUCGACUUUUCUACACCCUCCAAUGACUUCUUGAGCACCACGGAUGCACCCGACACCACAACCUACCGACCACGUUUCAGUGAUGCACGAGGACAACAACUGCGCAAACAAUUCUCAGCAGAAUUACAGUCACCGCUUGGUGAAUCAAGUGAACAUGAAGAAUUUCUACACGGUGAGCACACUCAAUCCUUUGUUAUACCUCGCAAUAACAAAGUCAAUGCUGCAUACACCACUGAUGCGGGCAAUAAACCAACCGAAAACCCAUGGAAUCAAAUUUCACAGACCGAUUUCCUUGACCCUCUGACAAUUAAUGACGGUCUCAUGAAAGAGCCACGCACCACAACCAUUAGUUCAUUGAAUUUUGUACAAAGGGACACUACAACAUCACUCCCCGCCACAACUCUCCGCGGCCAGUUAAAUGUACUCUCAUCGGAUGCAAAACGCAACACAGCGCGAAGCAAUGAGCACUACACACGCGUAGGUUCUGCCGAAGAGACCACACGUCAUCCUGCCGCCAGCAACCAAUCACCUGAAUUCGACUCUUGGCAAGAACUGUUUCACGCAUACAAUCUGCCUCAAGAGUCACUGCCCUCUAGCAAUGGUUUGCAACGUAUUGCCAACAAACUGUUCGGCGGCCUCAACGAAUCGGAAGCAUUACAUCUGAAGAAUGUUAUGCAACAAGCGGAGCACAAUCGUCAGGUGCUAAGUCUAUUACUCUUACUCAUACAGACGUGUGACGACCAAAAUGGCAGAGCCUUGGAACGCUCACGCAAGCAUCUGCUGAAUGCGCUCAUUGAUAUGGACGGCAAGUUGGCGAAUGAGGGUGGCAAGUCUGCUCACCACAAAGCGUCCUCUGUGCCAGCAGCUGCAGCCGCGGCACCUCAGCCAAUAGUCUCCACAACCGCACGCAUAGCGGACACCACACUUCGGCAGGCAGCCACAACUAAUUUUCCCUUAGUCGCCAGCACUACCACCGAAGCCGGCGCGUGGACGACGACAACAAUACCCGCAGUCACGCAAUCAAGUGGUAGUAUUGAGGAGACAACGAAAUUCGAGAUACGUGUGGAGGAGCCCGAGGAGAGUACAGUCAACACGAUUGCAUCGAGCCACGGGGGCGGCAGCGGCAGCACCAGUUCGAAUUCAGAUGAACGCGCCUUAGAGCUACUCAAGUCAUUAUACUCGUUGGCCUCAAAGUUCACAAGCAGACGAUAAGACUAGCGAUGGCUACACCGUCCGAUCGAAUACUUCGCAAUAGCUGCUUUUCAAGCGAAACACUCCUUCCUUUAUCGCCCGCAAUUUCUUUAGUUAUUUAAUUUAAUUUCUACCCAGUUGUUAACAUUUAUGAUUUUCUAUUUAAUUUUAUUUUAUUAUUUGCUACUCUUAAUUUUAGCUAAUAUUUUUAUCAAUGAAAUUAAUGUUGGCUUUUCGAAAUCGUUUGGUAUAAACAUAUGUAAUUAUGAAAUUAUUGUUUUAAUAUUUAAUUUUCUAAAACGUUUACUUGUAAAUAAUAUUAAGUUGUCAUUGCUGGAUGAACGAGUAUUUAGCUGAGGUCUAUUAUAUAUUAAGACCUAUAUAUAUGUGCAAAUGCAUUUGUAAUGGAGAAUCCGAUAAUACUCAAACCGCUUAUUGUAUUGUAUCUGGUAUGCGAAAGCGCUCUAUUUUUUAUGGCAAACUCUGAGAGAGCAUCAUUGAAUGGUUUCUCUUAUUUAAUGCUUCUUGUGAACUCUUUACUUUAUUUAUGAUUUAUUUCUAAAAAGUGACUUAUUAUUUUUGUCGCCAAUGUAAAUAUGUAUUACUUGUUAGAGACACGUUUUAUUCUGCCACACUGUAAUAUUAUUUUUUGUACAUUAAUACCAACA